CCCUUCCAACCAUUUGCGCCCACAAGGCCGCAACUGCCAGCAGCAAGACAGGAAUCGCAACCGCGAGCCGGUGAGAAAUGGAGGGACGCCCCCGCGGCGGCGGCGGCGGCCGGACCGCCAUGGACUACUCGCUGGCGGCGCUGAAGCUCUUCGCCUCGCAGCUGGCGGGCUCCACCACGGCCCCCUCCUCCGAGGGCUCCUCCCCCGCGCAGAUGCUCUUCGGCAUCCGCUUCCAGCGCGCCUGGAUCCAGGGCGUGGUGGUGCGCGCGGACUACAGCGUCGGCGACGGGAGGCUGUUCGUGGAUGACGGCUCCUGCGUCACCGAGCUCAUGCUCCGGCCCGAGGAUGCCAAGGGCCAGCCCUGGCGCCCAGGGAUGUAUGUGCUCAUUAUUGGGGCAUAUAUUGCACCCCAGUCUACGGAAAGUCUGCCGAUGGUCAAGGUGCACAAGAUAGUGGAUCUCUCAGCGCAGCCGGACCGUGAAGCGAUGUGGUACAUGGAAGUCGCCGAGGCGUACAACUUCUUCUACAAGGCUGACGCCUCUGGGGUCGGCUCGCCGCCAUGAGCACUCCUUGGUCUCUACUGAGUCCUGAUGAUCAGUUUCGGUGUAGGGCUCUUAACAUCACUGCCACUGCUUCCCUCUGUACCCGUGCUUGCGUGGCUGGUGCCCCUGAUCUGCUCCUCAUGACUGCUGCAUUGUCGCAGAUUGCUGCUGGUAACUUAAGAGAGUGGCCCCUCUGGUGGUGUGACUUGUUUUUGUCAGAUGAACUCUGGUGCACAUCCAACAGCGAGAAAUUUGAUUGGAAUCUCUCGACCUUUCAUGCGUCA